UGUCUGGGCGCCCGGGAGCAGCGCGGCUGCUGCAGUGCCGCGGCGGCCGAGCGGAGCGGCGGAGCUGAGGGUGCCCGCGGGCGCUCCUCGGAGAGAGGAGAAGAGGAGGGCGCGGGGUCGCGGGUGCCGACGGCGCUGGGAGGCUUCCCGGAGCGGGACCAUGUCGCUGCAGAGCCCGCCGGCUGCCGCCGAGCUGCCCCCCGGCCCCGGCGAGGGGCAUCCGCCGGGAGCGGAGCUGAGCCAGGGCAGCGCCGCGGCCCCGUCAGCCGAGGAGGGUGGCGAGGAGGAGGAAGAAGAGGGAGAAGGGGAGAAGGAAAAGGAAAAAGAAAAGGAAAAGGAGGGAGAGAAAUUGCCGCCCAUCCCGUCGGCGUCCACCGCGGCUGCCGGGGGGUUGGAGGAAGGAGCCAAAAAUCAGUUUUCCACUUUCAGCAAUUUCAUCACAACUAUCAACCAAAAGAAAGAAGACAUCGGAAACAGAAAUUCACCUACGCAACUUGUUAUACCCAGCAGCAAAAAUGGGAGGGACCUGCCACCUCUUUGCCUCGAUGUACGGCAAAAGCAGCGCGUGUCGAUGGAUGCGUUACCCCAGGAACCAAAAGCACCAAUUCCUCCUGAACCUUCCCUUCCAAUUCGAACCAAAACUGUGAAGGAUUUUCAGGAUGAUAUGGAAAAAUCGAAGGCAUCGGGAGAUUGGAAAGCUGUACAUAAUUUUUAUUCUACAACUUUUGAUUCUUUCUUGGAGAUAAAUGCUGCAUUUAAGAAAGAUACCAAUUCUCCAUUUAAUACCAUUGAGGACUCUGGAAUCGAUGCAAAAUUUGUGAAUGUUGUCUAUGAUGCCUUAUUAAAUACUCCUCAAGAUGUUCAGAAGUCAGUCCUAAAAGGAAUAAUUAAUGGUUUACUGCAAGAAUGGACAGGGCCACGAACAAAGGAUGAUCUUAGAGCUUAUUGUAUACUUUUACAGAAUCCUCAAUUUAGUAACACUUCUACUUAUGUCAUCUAUGCUCACUUGCUAAGACAGAUAGCAGCCUUAACAGAAGCUGACCAUCAUUUCCUAGUGCACUGGUCUAAAAAGAUUUCACAGAAGAGGUUCAAGCAGGUGGUGGACAGGUUGCUGCAAUUUAUUUCUUUACGGCUGUUUCCUGCAAAACCUGAGGAGUUUCCACCUAUGGUGAAAUGUACCUGGUGGAUUCCAUCAGCAACAAAAGUCCUGGCUUUAUUUAAUGCUGCAAAUAGUCUGAUUAGCCCUCCUAUUAUUUCAUAUACGGAUUUCUAUAAUUCUACACUUGAUCAUAUUGAUCUUAUGGAAGAAUAUCACAACUGGCAAUGCUAUGGGAAUUCUCACAGGUUUUCUUUCUGUCAAUACCCAUUUAUUAUUUCUAUAGCAGCAAAAAAAGUUAUUAUUCAAAGGGACUCAGAACAACAAAUGAUAAGUAUUGCACGGCAAAGCCUUGUGGAUAAAGUCUCUCGCAGACAGAAGCCUGACAUGAAUAUGUUAUUCCUAAAUGUGAAAGUGAGGAGGACACACCUUGUUAGUGAUUCACUUGAUGAGCUAGCAAGGAAGAAGGCAGAUCUGAAAAAGAAGUUAAAAGUCACAUUUGUAGGAGAAGCUGGUCUUGAUAUGGGCGGCCUGACAAAAGAAUGGUUUCUUCUUCUGAUUCGGCAGAUUUUUCACCCAGAUUAUGGCAUGUUCACCUACCACAAGGACUCGCAGUGCCAUUGGUUCAGCAGCUUUAAAUGUGACAACUACUCAGAAUUCCGACUGGUUGGAGCCCUUAUGGGACUUGCUGUAUAUAACAGUAUCACCUUGGAUAUUCGUUUCCCGCCUUGCUGUUACAAGAAAUUAUUGAGUCCUCCCAUUGUUCCCUGUGAUCAUAACACACUUGUAGGCAUCUGUGGUGUCACAUUAGAUGACCUGUUUCAGAUUAUGCCUGAAUUGGCACAUGGACUAAGUGAACUUCUAUCCUAUGAAGGCAAUGUUGAAGAGGAUUUUUACUCAACCUUUCAGGUUUUUCAGGAAGAAUUCGGUGUUAUAAAAUCUUACAACUUAAAGCCAAAUGGAGAUAAAAUUCCAGUCACAAAUCGAAAUAGGAAAGAAUAUGUGCAGCUCUAUGUUGAUUUUCUUCUCAAUAGAUCGAUCUACAAACAAUUUGCAGCUUUCUAUUAUGGAUUUCAUAGUGUCUGUGCUUCAUAUGCGUUACUGUUACUUCGUCCAGAGGAGGUUGAAAUUCUUGUCUGUGGCAGUCCUGAACUGGACAUGUCUGCUUUACAGAGAAGUACCCAGUAUGAGGGCUACCAGAAAACUGAUCUGACUAUACGAUACUUCUGGGAUGUAGUACUUGGAUUUUCUCUGGAUCUUCAAAAGAAGCUACUGCAUUUUGCUACAGGAAGUGAUAGAGUACCUGUGGGAGGAAUGGCUGAUCUGAAUUUCAAGAUUUCAAGGAGUGAAACAUCCACUAAUUGGUUACCUGUGGCCCAUACGUGCUUCAACCAGCUUUGUCUCCCUCCUUACAAGAACAAGAAGGAACUGAAGCAAAAGUUAAUAAUUGGAAUUUCAAAUGCAGAGGGGUUUGGUCUGGAAUAAGAUUAAAUACUCCAAGAACAGCAUUUUUAUGUAGCAUCCACACUCUUCUGAUUGUGCCUUUAAGCUUUUCAUUGUCAUGUCUCUUGAUAAUGUGCCAGUUUUAUCGCAUUUAGAUAUUUUUUUUAAUUAAAUAGAAAGUGUAUGGUUUUUUCCUGAAUGGCAAUACAUUUGCUGCUUGCUUUGUCACAGAAAGUAGUUCUCUUUGUACAAAAAGCUCAUCUGUUUGAUAAACAAAACCCAGCUAAGACAAUUCCCAAGUGUUAGGCUUUUCUUAAUAGCACUUUAACAUUAAUCAUAAUUCUUUACAUCAAGGUAUCCUACUGGGAGAAAAUAUACAGAAUAUUUCUCUAUUGGUUAAUCCCAGUGGCAGCAAAAAUAUAACAUCAGCAUGUAGCCUUUUUUUUUUCACAAAGGCAAAUAGGAAUUUUAGUCUUUAUAAAAUGUAUGUAGUUUUAUUCUUCUGGUUUUCCUGCUUGGUGAAACCAACUGUCUAAGAAGUAUGUAAAUAACUGCCUGUGAAGAAAUAGGGUUUUGAUAGUGCCAUUUACUGCUAAAAAAUUAUUUUUUAUGAAUAAGAGGUUUUAGAUGUUGUAUAUUCAGCUUUUACACUUGACUGUACAAGAGUGUUAAAAGGUAUUUUUUCAGCUUGAGGGGAUUCAAGUUCAAGCUACGAGUAUUAAGGAAUUUGUAUGUUCAUUCUUAACAGCAGACUAGCCAGAUCUACUGUAGCAUUAUAGUAAACAAAACUAGAUAUUUAAAAUAAAUUCCACAUCUGGUGAAAUGCUUUAGGAAGAGAAUUAUAUCCACAACCUGUGGAAAACUGAUAUAGUCUAUCACGGCAUCAUUUUUUUGCAGCAACUUUGUUGAAAGUCUUAAAUAAGCUGUGAUGAAAGUGAAUACAAUAACAUUUCUGAAGAAUGUUGCAACUUUCAUUAACUUGGAGACCAGCAUUUAAAAAUGUUUUGUAUUUUUCAUUGCACAAACUCUGUGAAAGGCAUUCUUGGUAUGUCUGCUCUGAGUUAGUAAAUUAGCAGCUGGGGAAGAAACGGUUCUAAAAUACUGAAGUAAUUUUAAGUCUGGGUUUUAUUCAUUAAAUGGAAAUAAUUUAGCAGCAUGCAGUGUAGUAGUUUUAAAUAUGAACAGCUACUGUGUGUUCUGUAGAUUUUUCUUUCAGCUGAAUAAGGCCCAGAUCACUUGAGACACUUUGGCAUCUAAUUUGUCAGCUUUCCCCAAUGACUUCUGCUGGGGCAUGGAUGCAUAUCUAUCUUGUAGUGUCUGCACUCAAAUACUAUAUUAGUCUUCUUUCUUUCUCUGUAUUAUUUACAUACAAUCAACAGAUUUACUGAUGAUCAACAAAUUAAUCUGUCUAAUUCAUGCUUUCAAAGCUGUUCUGGAUAUUCUUCAAUAGCUAAGAGUAAAAUUUUUUUUUUUUAUUUCUCCUAGAAAAGUUACUGGUGAUUUUACUGUUUUAUUAAGGCAGAGAUAAAUAUUAGGAUAUUUUAGAAUAUUUGACACUGUAUUCAUAGUGCUGUCUUUGAAACUAGUAAUAAAAUUUCCAUUAGCUUUAGCCUGGAACUAUACUAGUUAGCACAAAGUGUGCUAAAAGCAGCACUGAAAAAUUCUGCAUUUUUACAUUAUAUCUCCCAAAUGGACAUUUUAAAAUAAAUUUUAACUUGCAGCAUUUCAGAUGUUGAGAAAUAAAUUAAGCUUUCACUGUUGCACUGAAUGAACUAGAUAGCCGCAAGCAAUGUUAAAUUUCUAACACCUGAAUGUGGAUGUAAGUAGGAAACCUGGAAACAAAGACCUACUGCCUUUCGUCUGUUGAAUUGGAUUCGUGAAAGGUGAGCUUAUGAAUAAAUAGCUAUACAGUUUAUCUGAAAACAUGGCAAAUUAGCCAAAAUAUUUUUUUAAGGCUUAAACCUGCUUUUAAUAACUAUUUAUCUACUAUUGUUAAAAUAAAAGCUUUAUCUUUUCUCCUUUUCACUGAAUUGCACUUUGCCUUUUGUUCAGUUUUAUUUAUUGAAGCUUUUUUUGAGAUAAUGUGUAAUAUUACCUCAGAAUUCUAAAAACGCUAUUGUAUUUGCAUCAGUUUUUAAAUCAGAUUGUCAUUCAAAGACAUUUUAUAUAUUUCCUGAUGUUGAUAAAUUAAAUAGUAAAUUUUGUAUUUGUUAAAUGAAAGCAUUACACUGUAUUUAUGAAAGAAGCCUCUGAUAAUUUUAAAAAAUUUAUUCAAUGGUGUUUUGUUCUUGUGUCUUGCCCUGUAACCCAGCAAAUCUUUUUUUAUCUCCAUCAUUGUUUUGUACUGUACAAAAGAAAUCUUGUUUGUAUAAACUUGUUCACUACUAAGUAUCUAUUUUUAUGUAUCAAAAUUGUCCAGUCAUUAAAUCAAAUAUUUCAAAUGCUGA